AGAUCCGUCAUUAAAAUUUCAUUAUCAAUAACAGUAUGGCUGAGACAAAGACAAACAAUAAUCUCUAUUUUUAUGCAAGUCAAUUACUAACUUUACUUAACAGAUUAUAUAUAUAUUAAUCAUAUAUAAUAUUUAACCAAAACUAUUCGCAAACAUCGAAAUAUAUAUACGGCCAGCGAUACAUCGAAAUUUGGUCGGGAAAACCGUUAGAAAAUGUGUCUCACACUCAUGUAGUCAAUUGUCAAGCACAGAUCAUGGAAUAUUUUCCUCAAUUCACAGACGAAAACAAGUGAUGUUUGCUUAUUUUCAGUGUAAUGUGUAUGAAGCACACAUAAACCAGAAAGUAAUAUCCCUCAUGAAGUUGUUGCCGCUAUUGACAUCAACCCUGUGGCCAAUAAGAUUUACUCCUACAAUUUCCCACACACAAAUCUUCUAGAGACUGGCAUUGAAGGUUUGACUGCUGAUUGGUUAGAUCAUUUAGACUUUAACGUGGUUCUUAUGAGUCCGCCGUGCCAACCAUUUACAAGGGUUGGCAAAAGACUUGACACUAAGGACAGCCGAACUAGAUCUUUUUUACAUUUUCUUGAUUGCCUUCAAAAGAUGAAGUGUCCACCCUCGUUCAUUCUGCUGGAAAAUGUCAAAGGGUUUGAAGUGUCAGAGACAAGACACCUUUUUCUGAAGACUCUCAAGGCCUGUAAUUACAAAUAUCAGGAGUUCAUAUUCACCCCACUACAGUUUGGUAUCCCAAAUAGUCGAGCACGAUAUUAUCUCAUAGCAAAAAAACAUCCAGGAAAGUUUUAUUUCGAUUUAACAGAUGAAGUGCAGGAAGAGUUACCAGCUUGCUCUAAACAAUGGCUACAUCACAUAGAACCUUCUGAAGAUUGUGGUGAAACCACUUGCCUGUCACAAGACAAAGACAUCAACUGCUUACAGACUUGUAAAACUGAAAAAGAAGAAAUUAGAGAUUUUUUGGACUAUUAUAACAAAUAUAGUACAAUCCUACACCAAGAAGAGUUUGAAAAUGGUAUUUCUUACCCUAACUGCAAGGCACUUAAUGAUUUCUUAGAAACUAAUCAAUCAAAAGAAUAUUAUGACCAGUUUUUAGUGCCAGAAAAGUACUUUUCUUUGUUUGUAAUUUUAGAUAUUGUCUGUCCUCAUUUACGUAAGAGUGUCUGCUUCACAAAAAGGUAUGGUCACUAUAUUGAAGGUUCUGGUUCCAUUAUUCAAAUGUCCACAGAUGGCCAAUCGGUAAAAGAUGCCUAUGACUUGAAAAUGAAGACACAGCAGCUAAAAAACCGUAAGCAGUGGAGCGAGGAGGAAUUUAAUGUUGUACGGAAACUAAAGCUACGUUUCUUUACCCCAAGAGAGAUUGCUAAUCUGUUAUGUUUCCCUCACACAUUUGAUUUUCCUCCUGAAACGACGCUGCGUCAAAAGUACAGAGUACUUGGCAACAGUCUUAAUGUACACGUUGUGGCCGUCCUUAUUAAACUUCUCAGCCAGGACUGUAACCUAAUGUUAUAACGCAAGUGGUGCUCUCUCUCUCUCUCUCAACCAAUCACAGACAGACAGAUAUAUAUUUAUUUUUAUAAAAUAUACAUAUAAUGUAAAUUUGAAUUAUGAGACUGGCUCUGUUGAGUCAGAUUAUGUUGUGAUUUUUGUAGAGCCAUGUUUAUUUUCAUUUUCCAAAAUUUUAUUUUUGGCUUGCUAUUUUGUAAAACCAGAAAGAGAUAUAGAUAUUUCUUCAUUUUAUUCUUUUAUUAUCGUACUUCUUACUAUCCAAGUCAUACAUGAAAUUGUUUGCAUCUGCUGCUGAAUAUUAGCAGUAAGGAAAGUGAAUGAGAAAGGAAGGUAAUAACAAAGCUUGGUUUUAUGAACUGGUAAAAAAUAAAAAUAAAAUAAAAAAAACAUAAAUAAAUAUAUAAACAUUUAUAAUAUGCAUUUCAUUGUAUUGUAGAAUUCUUGUGUGUUUGUCUGUCUGCCUUCUCUCUCUCUCUCUCUCCCCCUCUGUCUCUGCAUACACAUAUACAUAUAUAUAUAUAUGUAUAUGUCAUCAUCAUCAUCGUUUAAUGUCUGUUUUCCAUGCUGGCAUGGGUUAAAUGGUUUGACGGGAGCUGGAGAGCUGCCGAGGCUCCAUGUCUGUUUUGGCAUGGUUUCUACAGCUGGAUGCCUUUCCUAACACCCACCACUGGCAUUGGACACAACUACAAUUUCACUUGGCUUGGCAGAUCUUCUCAAGCAUGGCAUAUUGUCAAAGGUUUCAGUCACUUGCCAUUGCCUCCAUGAGGCC